AUGGUAGACAUAGCAAGGCUACUAGUAAACCAUGGAGCUUUUGUAACAUUCGUCACCACGCCCCUUAACGCCACACGCGUCAAGCCACUGAUUGACACUGUCAAUGCAUCAAAAUUAAGAAUUCAGCUUAUCCAAUUCGAGAUUCCAGUUCUCGAAUUUGGAUUGCCAGAAGGGUGUGAAAGCUUGGAGCUAGUUCCUUCACGCGCCUUAAUAAGAAGAUUUAUGUUUGCUCUUAGCAAGUUGCAAACACCAAUAGAAGAGUUGAUUGAGGCAACCCCAAUAAGUUGCAUUCUAGUUGACAAAUUCAACUAUUGGAUGGAAAAUGUUGCUAUGAAGUUCAAAAUCCCAAGGCUUAUAUUUGAUGGAACAAGUUGCAUGAAUCUUCUAUUGUUGCACAAUUUGUUCAAGUCCAAGGUCUAUGAGAAUGUCCAAGAAUCAAAGCCUAUUGUGGUGCCUAAUUUGCCACACAGAAUUGAGUUAACAAAAUCACAACUUCCAUUGGAAUUGAAUCCUGAAGCAAAGGAUCUCAAAGAUCUUGAUGAAAAGAUUAGAACUCUUUAUUUAUAUUUUAUUUGUCAAAUAUAA